GAUUCAGAAGUUGAUCAACAAUUACUUAUCUCCUUUGCGUGAAAUAUCGGAAAUCCACAUCCCCAUCCGGGAUUUCUUAACUUCCCGUUUGCUUGAAUGUUUAUGCUAGCGUCAAAUACCUGCUAACCCGGGAAUACUAAAUGUAUUGUGAUUUUGUGGCGUUGUUGUGGUCGUUUAUUUUCUUAAAUAUUAUUUUCAGGAAAUUCGAGUAUGAAGAAAGAACUAAAUUUGCGGUUUCGAUUUGUUUGUUUUCAACACGCCAGAUACUGAAUAAAGUUGCCAAAUUCCACAUCGGUUAAAGAAAAUAUGAAAUGUACGCGGCCGAAGAAUAUUUUAGUAUUAAAAAACGCCAGAGCUUUGCGUUUCUCUGUUUGGAGGUCGAAUGCUGUGCCGCCGCACUGGACGCCGAGAAUUUGACAGAUUGGAACAUUGGCGACGGCGGAUUCAAAUGGCGGACCAACUGUUACUUUUACCGCGACGACAUUGGACAAAUUCCUCUUACGGAAGCUCAAGGAAAAGAGUGUGGUCGACUUUGUAUUUCCAACCCGCAAUGCAGCCAUUUUUCGUUUGGUUAUUUGAAUAAUUGUUACAUGCAGAAGGCGCCAUUGACGAAAUCUCGUCAAGAUGUCAAUUAUGGGAUCACAACCAUUUGUGGCAUCAUUCCCUGGAGGUUUGGAUCUGAACCAGCGAAAGAUGACUGGAAAAAUGACAACAGCAGUGGUGCUCAAAACUGCGGUUUUUAUGGAAACGACAGUUUGAUUUUGACGACAGAGUGCCGACAGGCCAAAGAUUGUUCCUAUUGGUACGAACAGGUUCUUCCCACUAAUGGAUCAACAUCCUGUAAAUUAGUAGAUGGAAGUUCAGGAUCUUGUUGCCCGGAGAACCCCAAGCUCACCGAUAAAAAAAGUAAUUUGUUGUCCUGUUCGAUCCUGUUAAAUGAACUAUAA